AUGCGCGCACCACAGAGAGAAGGCCACGAUACCCGAGACGGCCGGGGAGAAGUGACAGAGGAUUCUGUCAAAGGCAUUCGACACUACACCUUUGGCAAUAUUCCAAAUCGAAUCACAGGUUCCUCACCACGCAAGCUGGAUCCCAACAAGGUCAACCGCCGGAUGUUCCGACGGCUACUUGAAAAGAUGGAAGCUCUAUCCGAUGACACCAAGAAGCUCGGCAGGGAAACUCGACAAAUACGCAGCAUGUUGCAACAGCACAUGCAACCAGAUGAUGUAUCAAAUGUGGAGUCUUUUGAUGUUUUACCCGUUAAAGAUGAGCUUGGCCUUCACGCAAUUGAGAGAAGCCUCACAGAUGAAACUAACUUCAGAGGAUUUGUUUGUCAGCUCUGGACAUCAGGGGGCUCCAGCAGCGCCGAGUGCACCAGGAACAUAUUGAAAAGACUCAUGAGCCUUGAAUUUGCAGCAGGGCUUUGCUACUCCGGACAUAAUGCCAAUAAGAGAGUGUUCAAGGAGCUCCUAAUGUCACGUCUUCUAACUGCCUGCGUUCGAAGGGCAUUUCCCAGUACUACAGACAAAGAGAUUGCAGCUGCUGCAAGAAAUUAUUUUCGCUGUGCCCCAGGGGUGGUGCGAAGAAGGCGCAGGUGGCGCUAUCGAAGAAAUUACUUCUUCGUAAAGAUUCUUGGGACAUCGACCAUGAACUGA